AUGAAAAAUUUCAGCCGAUUUCCUCUCGCCCUAGGGGGCUUAUAUUUCUUCCUGGCAAGCAGUAUUGCUGCUCCCCAUCAUCAUGUCGGACUUGUCAAGCGUGACGUACCGGAUUUCAUCCAAAGUUGGCCUUUAUACCAGGACUAUCAGACCAUGCGUGAGGGCGAGGGGGGUGCUGAGCUCGAUGUACCUAUACUUGACUCGGUAACACUAGCAGACUACGACAAGGGCUCAAAAACGCUCACAUGGGGCUGCAACAGGCUGGUAUUGGGGGAGCAAAUUGCGGUAAAUGUUGCCGCCAUUCACAAGGCCACGCUCAAACCUUACCCUGAACCGACUGUGAUCGCCAAGCGAAGCUAUGGCGAAAGAUACGCUGUUAUUUAUGGUGGUAUUUUGCAAAAGAAAUGCAGCAGCAAUCCGAACGUUCUUCCCGUGAUCGAUUACGUUUAUCAGGAAGAUCCGAGACGGCCUUACGGAUGGUUGAUCCUGCCUUACGUCUCCGAAGGCUCCCUGGAGACCAAUUUCGGAUCUUACUCGGAUCAGAACUCAGUGAACGCUGCCUUCAAGCAGAUGCUCAAUGCGGUGGCUGGUGUCCAGAGUGAAGGCAUUAUCCACCGGGACCUUAAGCCCGAGAACUUUCUGAAGGAUGGCGACACGCUGAAGCUUAUGGAUUUCGAUCAAUCAAGGGAGACCUCCUCUUCCGAGCAAUAUGAUGUUGGCACGGAAAGUUACCUUGCCCCAGCUGUUCCAGAAAUUCUUGCCAUGAAGUCGGAUACCGGAGCGGCCUACGACUACAGAGUGGACACAUUCUCGAUGGCGAUGACCUUUAUGGUCAUGUCUGUUGCGGAACUGCAGGGUUCGACCGAGCGCUACCGACUAUGGAAGGAUGUCAUUCAGCCCAAUGGUAAACUCUGGCCUUCAGCCGAUGUUGUGGCAGAUGUUCUGAAGGCAAGAAACUAUGCAGUAUUCAGCAACAAUGAUAACCUUCUGAACGUGAUCGCUAAGGCUUUAUGCGCGCCAAGCGAGCGCUACUAUCCCCAGGGAUUCCAGUCGGCAUUUGCUGGAGUUGUAUAA